AUGGACAUCCAGUGGAUCCCAUUCGGGGUAUACCUUACCCUUUUUCCAACGCUGGAAUUGGAAGAGGCUGGUUUGUCAGUAAAUCCUCAAAGCAGGAGAGGUGGAAUACGCAGCGUUGGACUACAAGGCUAUGCGUUGCUACUGGCAGGAGUAAGGUAUUACCACAACCGGAAUAUCACCGACGGAGUUUCAAUGUCAAUGGAUCACAAAGUCAGAUAA